AUGCACGGCUGGGGGCGCCGGCCCGCAGCCAACCUGCGUGAGGUGUCAGUACGCAACCAAGGGCCCUCGCUGACACGGGGGCAGGCUUCUCCACAGAGGUCUCUGGGGUGCGACACACUGUCGGCCGAGGCUUUUCGGCAGGAGCCGCCCUGGUGCACAGCGGUCCUCAUCCCAGAACACGCGCCGGACCGCACCUCUCCCCGGGCAGCGGUCACGGCCCACGCGCCCUCGGUGCGCACGCUGCAUCUCAAGUGUGAGUCUUCAGAACGUAGGUCCUCCCUGUACACCGCGAGGGCUGCAGGUGGAAAGCCCGUAUGUUGCCUGCCCACGGUGGGCCCACGAGACCCAGUCCGGCAGCGCCCGCCCUGCUGUCCCCUCCCCUCCCCGCAGCUGCCCGUUCCCGGCUCCCGCCUGUGUCUGUAUGAGGACGGCUCGGAGCUGACCGCAGAUCGCUUCUGCAGCGUCCCGGACGGCGCGGAACUCGUGCUCCUCACUGCGGGCCAGACCUGGCAGGGCUAUGUGAGUGACAUCAGCCGCUUCCUCAGCGUGUUCCAGAAGCCGCACGCAGGGCUCAUCCAGGCCGCCCGGCAGCUGCUCUCUGACGAGCGGGCCCCGCUGCGGCAGAAGCUCCUGGCCGACCUCCUGCACACCGUCAGCGAGAACAUCGCGGCUGAGACCAGGGCCGAGGAUCCGCCGUGGUUUGAAGGUUUGGAGGCCCGGUUUCGGAACAAGUCUGGCUACCUGAGGUACAGCUGCGAGAGCCGGAUCCGGAGCUACCUGAGAGAGGUGACCUCUUGCGCCUCCUUGGUUGGUGGGGAGGCUCAGGAAGAGUAUCAGCGGAUCGUGGGCGCCAUGUGCCGGAAGCUGCAGGAGGCGCGGUACCAUGGCAGCUACUUCGACAGAGGGGCUAAGGCGGGUGGCCGGCUCUGCACGCCCGAAGGCUGGUUCUCCUGCCAGGGCCCCUUUGACGUGGACAACUGUGCCUCCAGACACUCCAUCAACCCCUACAGCAACAGGGAGAGCCGGGUCCUCUUCAGCACCUGGAACCUGGACCACAUGUGUGAACAUUUGUUUCAGGCAGUUGUGCCAGAAACAAUGAUUUUUCCUGUUAAACUGCAAAGGCUGCAGUACCUUGGGGCUGGUGGGAAGCUGGAAGAGAAUCUCCCACUGGUCAGCAGCCAGUGGAUUCCUGAACCAGGGCCACCCUGGCUGGAGCGGGGCUCCCUACUGCCUGCAGAUGGUGGCCUGUAUGAUGAGAGAUUGUCUCUCAUACCCUGACCUUUUAUAUUUAAAAGAAAGAUGUAACAGGUUUUUAAAAAGUGAGAGGCCCACAAGCCAAAAACCCCCCAAACCAAAGAAGCCUCACAGCAGGAUGAGAGCAGCCGGAACUCUGUCGCCGGAGGGGACACAGCAUGAUGCAGCCGCCUGGAAGACAGCUGGGUAGAUUCUUGCAAACGCACACAUGCUCUCGCCGUGCGACCCAGCAGGCAUCCCCUUGGUAUUUACCCAAAGCAGUCUAAAGCUUGUGUCCACCCAGGGCUGCACACGGUGUUUGCGUCAGCUGUAUUCUUAGUUGCUACCACCUGGAAGCAGCCAAGAUGUCCUUUGGUAGGUGAAUGGACAGAUAAACUGCUGGGACCUCCAGACAUUGGAAUAUUACUCAGCACUAAAAAGAGAUGAGCUACCAAACCAUGAGAAGACAUAAAGGAACCUUAAAGGCUUAUUUCCAAGUGGAAGAAGCCAACCCGAAAAGGCUACAUACCGUGUGAUUAUAACAAUAUGGCAUUCUGGCAAAGGCACCGGUAUGGAGACAGUACAAGGAUGAGUGGUUUCCAGGGGGCUGAGGGGUGGGGGGAGAGGUGACUGGCAGAGCACAGAGGAUUUUUAGGGCAAAUAUGAAAAUUCUCUGUGUGAUACCAUAAUGAUGGCUACGUGUCAUUAUAAACUUAUCCAGACCCACAGGAUGUACACCCCAGGAGUGAACCCGGUGCAAGCUCUGGGUGGUCAUGGGUGGUCGUGACGUCAGUGUAGGCUCGUCGACUGUGACCAAGGUGCCGUCUGGUGGGGAUGCUGGUGGUGAAGGAGGCUGUGUGUGUAGCGGGGCAGGGAUUUGUGCCCCUGGAAACAGAUCCCUGCCCCUUCCUCUCAAUUUUGCUGUGAACCUAAAAAUGCUCUAAAAAAUAGAAGUCUGUGGAAA